CAGCUUUCCCGACACGGAGAUGUACUCAUGUUCGUUGACUGAAAUAACAGAUCUACGCUUGAGGAAGACAGGCGCACUUGUUGAUACCGCUCUCCCCCUGAAACCCUUAGAUCCGGAACGGAAGAGCAGUACACCGAAAAAGAGCAGCUGCUGCAGGAUGUUGCUGACCUGGCCUGUGAAUUUUGUUACAAGGUUAAGCCAGUGCUCAGGAAGGCGACAGCCACCGAGGAAGGUGCCACCACCACCUCCACCGCUGCGCUGGAACCGCGGGAACGUGCCACAGCCACCACAACCAGGCCGGCGACAAAUCGGGCUGCUCGCGAUGCUGCCACUACAGCGCGAGUUGUUGCGGCUGCAGCCGAGUACAGACCGGUCAAUCAUAAUGCAGUGGCAGGGCAGUCUAGUUCUGAGAACUGCCAGUCUAUCUUUGCUGACAUAAUGAACGGCGUGGAGGACGCCGACGCCUGGCAACCAGGCAACACAGACCAAGUUGUGGAGCUGGCCCCAGCCCCUGUGCCGCCGGUUCCGACCCCUGUGCCGCUGGUCCAACCCCCCUUGCCACCAGUCCAGGCUCGUGUGCCGGUUACUUCUGUCGCACGACCUAGGACUUGGGGCGGACAGUCAACCAGGCAGAAGCGGUACAGGGAGCACCUUGCAUCGCUGGACAAGAGAGCAGAAGAGGACCGCAGCAUAAAAAAACUAGAGAUCGCUCUUGAGGAAAGGCGUCUCGCCAUGGAGGAGCGCCAGAUGGAGAGGCGCCUGGCCAUUGAAGAGCGCCAGGUGACCUUAAGCGAAAAUCGCUUAGCGUUUGAAAGAGAAAAAUUUUAUGUGCUACAGGAGGCUGGAGCAGAGGAGAGGAGGCUUCGGCUCCAACUGCAAGAACAUUACCUUAAAGUAGUGAAUGGUCAAAUUAACAAGUAAAGUUAAGUGUGAGCAAGUGGUAUGACAUCAUAAUACAUAAUGCAAUAAAUCUUUCAUUUCAUGAAACAAUGUAGUUGAAAAAAAACGGCAGGGGUAGGCCCGUUCGAUUUACUAUACAAAGAAAUAUUUUGAGUGUAAUAUUGAACAGACAGCAAAUGCUAUG